AUGGGGGGCGGAGGAAAGGAAAUCAAAGCUGCCGCAGCCGAAGGGUGUAAAAGCAUGCUGGGGAAGAGCCGAGGAGCCGCAGGACGGGAUGGCAGCGGGAAGCUCGGCUGCGGCGCGGACCGCUGCCCGCGGCGGGCCGGGCCGUGCGGUUCGGCGCUGGCGGCUCUCCUCUCGGCGCUGGCGGCGGCCUCCUGCGUCUACCUGGGGGUGCGGACCAGCGACCUCCAGGCCAGGGUCGCGGCCAUCGAGGGCGCCCGAGGGGGCUUCUCUGCCGCCGCCCCGCUCCCGCCGCUGCCCGGCUUUUCUCUGGAGCAGCUGAACGCGAUGAUGCAGGAGAAAGUGGAGCGACUUCUCGCCCAGAAAUCCUACGAGCACUUGGCAAAAAUACGAGUAGCGAGAGAAGUGCCUCCAGAGUGCAACUGCCCACCAGGUCCUCCAGGGAAAAGAGGUAAGCGGGGCAGAAGAGGAGAGACUGGACCUCCUGGUCUACCAGGGCGAAAUGGCUAUCCGGGUCCGAUUGGUAUGGAUGGAAAGCUGGGUCAGCCUGGUCCUCAAGGCCCUCCUGGUCCAAAAGGCGAGAAGGGAGAUCAAGGUGAUCAGGGCCCUCGGAUGGUGUUUCCUAAAAUCAAUCACGGGUUUCUCUCUGCUGAUCAGCAGCUCAUUAAACGCCGCCUCAUUAAGGGGGACCAAGGACAAGCUGGACCCCCUGGGCCUCCAGGGCCACCAGGACCCAGAGGUCCCCCAGGAGAUACCGGCAAAGAUGGUCCUCGCGGGAUGCCUGGCAUACCGGGUGAGCCAGGAAAACCAGGAGAACAGGGAUUGACAGGACCUCAGGGGCCUCCAGGACAAAAGGGUUCUGUUGGAGUGCCUGGUGUUCCAGGGAGAGACGGACAAGCGGGUGAACCUGGUUUGCCUGGCAUAGUGGGAGAGAAGGGAGCAGCAGGGCUUAAGGGUGACCCUGGAGAAAGAGGAGAAAAGGGUGAUGCUGGAGAAAAUGGACCGAAGGGUGACACAGGAGAAAAGGGUGACCCUGGUUCUUCUGCUGCAGGAAUUAAGGGUGAACCUGGUGAAUCUGGACGGCCUGGACAAAAGGGUGAACCAGGUCUUCCUGGGCUUCCUGGACUCCCUGGGAUAAAGGGUGAACCAGGUUUCAUUGGUCCGCAAGGAGAACCUGGGUUGCCAGGGCUACCAGGAACAAAGGGUGACAGAGGAGAGGCAGGCCCUGUUGGGAAGGGUGAGCGAGGCGAACCUGGAGUUCCUGGACAAAAGGGAAAAACAGGUGAACCUGGAUCUAGAGGCCCAAAAGGGUCAAAGGGUGAUACAGGUGACAGAGGUGACACAGGAUCUGCAGGUCCACGGGGACCACCUGGACAGAAGGGUGAUCAAGGUGCAACAGAGAUAAUUGAUUAUAAUGGCAAUAUCCAUGAAGCUCUGCAGAGGAUUGCCACUCUGACUGUCACGGGGCCACCAGGACCACCGGGACCCCAAGGGCUGCAAGGGCCAAAGGGUGAACCAGGAUCCCCAGGCACUCCAGGAGUUGAUGGGGAGCAGGGUCCUAAAGGCUCAAAAGGAGAUACCGGUGAUCCUGGAAUGCCUGGAGAAAAGGGAGGAAUUGGACUGCCUGGCCUGCCAGGAGCCAAUGGUAUGAAAGGUGAAAAAGGAGAUGUUGGUUUGCCUGGUGCCCAAGGUCCUUCAAUGAUAGGACCACCUGGACAACCAGGGCCACAUGGUCCUCCAGGCCCUAUGGGACCUCAUGGACUGCCUGGCCCAAAGGGUGAACCAGGGUUAAAUGGUCUUAAAGGAUUGAAGGGUGAACCAGGUCAAAAGGGUGACAGAGGGCCCCUUGGUCUUCCAGGAGCAUCUGGCUUAGACGGAAAGCCAGGACCCCGGGGUGUAGAUGGCCCAGCUGGUCCCCAUGGCCCUGCAGGUCCUAAAGGAGACAGAGGUGAAAAGGGAACUGUAGGUGACCCUGGACCCAGAGGACCAUACGGCUUGCCUGGCAAAGAUGGCGAGCCUGGCCUUGAUGGUUUCCCUGGUCCUCGAGGAGAAAAGGGUGAUAUAGGAGAAAAGGGCGAAAAGGGGGAAAAGGGAAAGAAAGGCAAAAAGGGGCCUAAAGGGGAGAAAGGAGAACAGGGUGCUCCUGGAUUAGAUGCACCUUGCCCAUUGGGUCCCGAUGGAUUACCAAUGCCUGGCUGUUGGCAAAAGGGAGUCACACCAUGGCUUAUUGCCAAAAAGAGAUAA